UUAAAGCAACCGACACAGCUAAAUAUAAACAAAUUAUUUAAAAUUUACUGCGACAAGUGGAAAGUAAGAAGUGAAGCAAGAUAUAAUGUGAAUGUGAGCUACAAUAUGAGCUUAAAAAUGCGUAAUAUCGUUUCAAAGUUAACACUUCUCGCGCUGUGUAUUUAUUAUGCGUCUACAAAUAAUGUUCUUGCAUUUCAGCAAAAUAAGACGGUUCACCACAUACGACGAUCGAGCUAUGAUGUUUUCUAUAAACCGCAGAAGCUAGGUACAUACCGGUCUUUCCAACCAGUAGCACCACACAAACCCACAUACAUAAAGGCAGACGAUCGCAACGACUACGAUGUUAAUGCUUACGAUUCUGAGUACGGAGUCGUCGUUUCUAACUUCACGUCUUCAAUUUAUGACGACAACCCUCCGUUGUACCCCAACCCUGAUGUGUUUUCUAAAACUGGACAAGAGUCGCCGAGUAAGCUAUCAGAUAAUAAGCUAAUAGAACCAGAUGUGGAUCUCCCCGAUGAUUCUUUGGCAGACUCUGAUCUUAGAGAGCACAAUAUUAUAGACAGUGUUACAUAUGUUUACGGAUUUAACAAUUGCCACGGUGUUCGCGAUGAAUGGAUGGUUUUGAUUUACGUAACAAGUGGUCUCGCGGUACUAUUUCCAAUAGCCUCCAUCGUGUGGUUAAUGUGGAGUGAAUGUGCUGCAGAGUUUCGUCGAAGCAGCAAACUGUACCCGAUUAAUAUUAACCUGUGCUGCUGUUUGACUGCAUGCACCCUUAUUUACAUUCAGGCGGUGGUGGGUACAUCAUCACCAUCCCAAUGCGAAAGAAUCGCGCUACUUCUACACUACACGCAUAUAACGUGCGCUAUGUGGAUAGUAGCGUUGGGCUCGGCGGUUGCUGAGUUCUGCACAUGUGAUACCUUGUUGCCGUUGAAGUAUAAUUAUCUGUUGGCAUAUGGGGUCCCGGCUAUUGUUGUUAUGUUCAACUACGCGCUAUCGAUGGAACAAUACGAAAUCAAGCACUACUGUUGGAUGUCGAUCGAGAAGGGCAUGGUGAUGGGAUUCAUGAUACCCGCAAUGAUAUUGAUACUCAUCAAUACAGCGAUCAUCAUUGUCGGCUUGCAGAGCGUCAAUCGUAAACAAAACGAGAUAAUAACAGCCAAGAUCCAGGAACUAGUUGACCAACAUUUGGCUAAUUGGUCGAAAAGCGAGAAUCCGGGAAGUUCGGAGACUUUGAACAAUGAUUGUACUCCACUACCGAGUAGGAAGAAUACAGAUAGCUCGGAUACAUUGGACAGGGACUCCAAUAGUAAUGAUGAAGAUAAUCCGUAUAUAACUGUCACGAUGGGCGCUUCGAAUAGCGAUGCUAAUAGUGAGGAAGGGAGGGAGAUCAAACGACUUUCCGACAAACAUUUGAUUAAUCUCUGGAAAUCUAUGGAGAAACUGUCGUGGAAAAACGGCUGGAACAUCGAAGGGAACGAUUUAAAGGCCUAUUUGAACUUGUGUCUGAUCCUGGAACCAUUUUUCGCUAUAAAUUGGGUGAUGGGAGUCGUUGCUAUUGAAAACGCCACUCACUGGUCAACGCCUACUAUUUAUCUUAUUCUUGUAUUAUCUAUGCACAUUUACCUGAUGGCUACAAUAUGCACAACACUCCCGAUCGUACAAAAGAAAACCCCCACCCCUUGCGUCGAAGUAGCUACAGAACCUACGAUAGUGCGAUCCAGGACAACAGACAGCAUCCCCCUUUUGGACCCCACCGUGCAACAACCAAAUGUGACGCCAGCCCCCGUUGACACCAUUAGUACUAUAAGCAUUUAAAUUUUAAAAAUAAAAACCGUUGGAAUGACAGAAGGCAAUAAAAAAAAAUUUGACUUGUCGCUUGGAGGGUUUGCUGCGUGUGACAUUAUUCGUGUAAUUUUAAGAAGAUUUAACUUUUUUCACUUAUUCUGGAGGUUAAACAAGGAAUUUAAUUUAAUUUUAUAUUAUGUCUACAAUUUUGCUAUGAUUGUCAAUUAUUGUAUUUCAAAGUUUUAUGUGAAUGGAGAUUAGAAAAUCAGGAAGAAAUAUUAUAUUAUGUACUCCUUGAAGAUGUCAGUAUAACAUAUCGAAAACUAUUUUAGUCACAUUUUGUAUGUAUGUCAUAGCUGCGCAGCAUUCGUCGAUCCAAAAAGUGGCUAUAGUGUUACCAUUUAAUAAAUUUGUAAAAUAAAUAAGAAUAAAAAGAUAUCUAUUUUCAAUAAAUGUUACUAACCUGCUUAAUAAUGUGAUCUAGAAUUUUUAUAAAGUAAUGACUUCUUUAUAUCUAUCUCUCACUGCCUUAUCUUUUUAAAAUAUUACGUACUUACAAGUUUUCUAUCAACUUUCCUGAAAAACAAAAAGCAUUUAUAAUACCAAAAUUUAAUUACGUAAGUACAUACUUACCAUUAUUUUCACGCAAUUUUAUAUUUUACUGUGAUAUUAAGAUUUUU